AAUAAACCCUAGAGAGAGAUUUACUCCUCAAACCCUAAACCAUGGCUGACGGACUCGUCUUGAAAGGCACCAUGUGCGCCCACACCGAUAUGGUCACGGCUAUCGCCACCCCCGUUGACAACUCAGACAUGAUCGUCACUUCUUCCCGCGACAAGUCGAUCAUCCUCUGGAAACUCAACAAGGACGAGAAAUCCUACGGUGUUGCUCAGCGCCGCCUCACCGGUCACUCUCACUUCGUGGAGGACGUUGUUCUCUCCUCAGACGGACAAUUCGCUCUCUCCGGCAGCUGGGACGGUGAGCUUCGUCUCUGGGAUCUUGCCACCGGAGCGUCCACGCGUCGUUUCGUGGGACACACGAAAGACGUUCUCUCUGUUGCUUUCUCCACUGAUAACCGUCAGAUCGUGUCGGCUUCCCGUGACGGGGCGAUCAAGCUGUGGAACACGCUUGGUGAGUGCAAGUACACGAUCUCCGACCAAGGUGAGGGACACAAGCAAUGGGUUAGUUGUGUUAGGUUUAGUCCUAACACCCUUGUGCCUACCAUUGUAUCUGCUUCUUGGGAUCACACCGUGAAGGUCUGGAAUCUCGCGAACUGUAAGCUUAGGAACACUCUCGCUGGCCACUCUGGUUACUUGAACACUGUGGCUGUGUCACCUGAUGGUUCGUUGUGUGCUAGUGGUGGGAAAGAUGGUGGGAUCUUGCUUUGGGAUUUGGCUGAAGGGAAGAAGCUUUACUGUCUUGAGGCUGGCUCGAUUAUUCACUCUCUUUGCUUCAGCCCCAAUAGGUACUGGUUGUGUGCGGCCACGGAGAAUAGUAUUAGGAUAUGGGAUCUUGAGAGCAAGAGUGUUGUUGAAGAUUUGAAGGUUGAUCUUAAGGCUGAGGCUGAGAAGUCUGAUGUUUCUGCUGGAACCGGAAACAAGACAAAGGUGAUCUACUGCACAAGCUUGAACUGGAGUGCAGAUGGAAACACAUUGUUCAGUGGUUACACAGAUGGAGUCAUCAGGGUUUGGGGUAUUGGUCGUUAUUAGAGAGAAGACUGGAAUCAAUUUCCUAUAAGUUAUUUUUUAUUCUCCUAUUUUUCGAUCGGCUCUUCUGUGUUGGUGUUUGAGAUUGAAUUUUUUCUCUUUUUUCCUGAACCACUCACAAGCAUAUGAUAUUGAUCCAUUGAUUCUCUU